UACUUCAAUUACCACGUGCUCAAAAUAGUUUCCCGCCUUUUUCCAUCUCUCACACACACACUAAACGAUUUUGAAGCUACCCUCACUUGAUUCAGUUAUAAUUUCUGUUACACAUAACCGUUUUUCAGUCAUCAUGAUUCCAGUUUGAUCAUCGAUAGCUUGGAGAGAAAAUCAACUGCUACGUUUCUUCGUCAUUGUUAGAUAUAUUCGGGUCGAAGGUAGGUUUUGAAGAAUGACAGAACCAACGAAAGAUAAGGAGGUCGAAUCAAAUACAAAAGGGAAAGAGAAAGUCGAGAGCGCUGAUCAGGAUGACAAAAGCGCUUCAACCAACAGUAGCAGCAGUAGUGAAGAUGUGAAGAAAUGCAUGGACGCUGUGGAUUUCUUCGCUAUAAAAGCCAAAGAUAUUGUAAUUGGAGGAACUAAAAAGUCAGAAGGUAAAAGUGCUAAAUCCAAGAGAAGAAAGAGAUCACAUGGUGGUAUGAAGAGGUCGAUUUCUUUAAGAUCAGGACUGAGUGAGAUUGGUAUGAGCUUUGACUCGGACUCUGAACCAACACAUGUUGCGAAAAAGGAGCAGAAAGGCAAGGGAAAAGGGCUAGAAGAAGGUGAUGUUUUCCAAGGUUCGGAUACUGAUGAUUCAGAUGAAGCGUGUAAAAGGAUGAAAAAGGAGAGGAAUAACAGCGAUGAUGAUGAUAGCGAUGAUGGAUCUGGAGCUGGUACUGGUACUGGAUCAGGAGCGCACGCUGAUUUCUCAAGUCUGCAGGGCCAGGGCGUACAAGUUGCUGGAAAAUGAUGGAAUCGUGGAAGAGUUGAACACUGCGUUUUUACGUGCUUACUUUCAGGGUAAAUAAGUCAUUAGACAGACACCAUAUUAGAUACUUGAACAUGCUGUUUUGAUAACUGAAGUAGAUGUAAAGAUUGUAUUGAGAAGGUUUGUAACUACUUUAACAGUUCCAGGGUUUGCAUUACCAAAUAUCAGGAUCUUAAUUCUUAACCAAAAGUUUCUUUCUACACUUUA